GAUUCAUCGGAAAUUCAUUUAGAAUUCGACAAUGUUUUCAACAGAAGCACAGUAAUUAUCAUUCGAGUUUAUUAAAAGUGGGAAAGACGAUUAUAAGGCGCGUCGCACCGGAAGAAGAUAAACAACACACAAACGAAUACACCGUCGACGAUACACGUCGACGAAAUGCGAAUUCUACGAAUUGCCAGAAUGAAAUCAAAGCGAAAUGUAGAUAUGAACGAGAUUUGAAGAGCGAGUUCUCGCCUGAGCAGGUUUCACAAGUGAGCCACGCCAUUGGAAGGACGUUUAUGGAGCGCUUGAAAUAGCGGUUGAUAAAUACCGAAUGUGUACGCCGCUCCUAUUACUAUAUAUUCCAAGCGACACACUGUUGUAUUCCAACGUACGCGCGAACGGGAAACACUUCUGUAUUUCGUAUUUGAUACGAGCCGAGAUUUGUUCGUCGUUAACGCGACUCUAGAAUCGUUUAGCCAUUUUACUACUACUAUCGUUUACAGUUUUAUCUUUCGUAUCUGACGCUUAGAUCUCGUUGAAUAAGUGAACGAGUGUUUACUACCGAUACGCGUUCGGCACGUUAUUAACACGGUGGUCCGACGGGGAAAUGUUUGGUCGUUCGACAAAUUAAUUCAUCGCUCGCCGCACUCUCAAAGCCGGCCGAGUGCUUUCAAUAUUUAAAAACCAGUGCUAGUGCGCGUCUAUGAAGUUUCCGUUUACGAUAGCCGGAUCUAUGCUACGUAAUCUUUUGAAACAAUUCCUGUGUCGACGGUGCAAUGAGUUCAACGCGGCUGGAUGUUUCUUAACGAACCAGGAGUAGUUCGGAUUUAAUGGCAUAAACCCUUGGCUCGAUUUUAGGCGAUGUGAAAUAACGUAACGAUGCCUAGUCCUUUUAUUUAACGUACCUUGAACCGACUGCCGAGUUAGCGAAACAAUGAUUUUUCAUAUGGACUGACCACUAGGAUCCCUCCUGUUUACACGUGCUUUCAUUUCUACCGCAGCUGUCGCACACUCCUUUUAUCAUGACGAGUGUCGUUCCACUCACUGAUAAACAACUUCACCAAUUGAGCAUCGCUAUCGGGAAGGCUGUGAACCCUACAGAAACGCCUGUAAAAGAAAAGCAUGUGCGAAGCGCUAUUAUAGGAACGCACCAGGAAAGGGGUGGCAUGAUCUUUUGGUUGUACAUGCUACGGCAGCCGCUGCAGGAGAACCAAUUCGUUGCCUGGAAAUUUUGUCACGUUUUGCAUAAAGUGUUAAGAGAAGGCCACGAGAAAGUGAUCAGAGAUUCUCAGCGUUACCGUGGGAAAUUGGAAGACCUCGGGAAGUUAUGGCAACAUUUAAGAGAAGGAUACGGACCAUUGAUCCAAUUGUACAUGAAAUUACUGAUUACCAAGUUAGAUUUUCACAAGCGAAACCCACGCAUACCAGGAAAUCUUCAAGUGACGCCGGAAGAAUUGAAAUCCAUCGGGGAGGACGACAUUAACGUUUAUUUUCAAAUGUCAGUCGAAAUGUUCGAUUACAUGGACGAUAUUUUAAAUCUACAACGCGCAGUUACCACUUCUCUAAAGAAUACACCGUCUAACUCGAUGACGAUCAGUGGACAGUGUCGGCUGGCUCCGUUAAUUCCAUGCGUUCUAGACGCGUCACAAUUGUACGAUUAUUGUGUAAAAAUUCUAUUUAAACUACAUGGUGCUCUGCCCGCGGACACAUUAACCGGUCAUCGAGACAGAUUUUCUAAACAAUUCCAAGAACUGAAGAAGUUUUAUAAUACCGUUAAGCAAAGACAGUAUUUUAAGCAACUCAUAACGAUACCUGCAUUACCUGAGAACCCACCAAACUUUUUAGUACAAUCCGAGCUGCGCACUUACGUUACUAAUUUACCUAGAGUAGUUUUACCGCCAGAAGAAUCUUUGGACUCUGAUACUGUGGUCGAUAGCCUGAUCGAUACUUCCGAUACGAAUUCAUUGCCAGGCGAUCAACUAGAUUCCACGCGGAACGGCUCUAUUUCACCCGAUGUAAUAGUGGAGAGAGAAAGUCUUAUCGAUCAUUUGCAGCAGGAGAACAGACAUCAGAGCCAAGAAUUGUAUCGCGUGUUAACGCUGUUAACGGAUCAGCAACGGAUUGCGGAAGAACUUCAGAUCCGCGUCACACAGUUAGAAUCUGAUUUACUUGUGAAAUGCAAUGAGAUCGAGCAGGAGAAACAAGUGAAUCAAGACUUUGUGAAACAGAAGGCGGAUAUGAUGGUGAAAGUUCACGAAGGCGAAGGGAAGUACAAGGUCUUGGAGGAGAAGUUUCAGAAGUUAAAAGACGCCUACUCGAAGUUUCGGGAUGAACAUAUCAAUUUAAUCAGAAAGAAGGUCGAGGUGGAUAAGCAGUUAGGAAUGUUGAAAAUGUCACAAGAUCAAGCCGAGCGACGAACGGUCGAAGCAGAACGCCGUCUCGAGGAACUGAUACAAGGUCAAGCUAUAACGGAGCAAGAAGCGCGAAAAGCUGUCGAAGCUCAGCACGACUUGGAUGAUUUGAAGAAACAGUUGACCGAUGCGAAAACUGAGAACUCGGCAUUGAUUGCUAAAAAUGAUUUUGUAAUUUCUGAGAAAACGUCGUUGGAAGGGGAUCUGCACGAUUUAUUGGCGCAGAAAGAGGAGUUAGAAUUAAAGAUCGAAAAGUUGGAAGUCGAAGCCGAACGAUGUCGUAACGAAAUGAACACGUACGCGGACACUAUGUUGAACGAGUUGCUACUGAACUGCAUUUCCGAGGCAGAAAAUAUUAUGCAAUAUUCAUUGAACGCUAUUGAUAAUCCCGCGAUGUCGGAUUUGACUUGUACCCCACAGUACCUUGAAAAACUAGAGGAACCAACUUUAAAAGCGCUAGACACUCUAGACGCGUCAUACACCGGUUACGUGUGCGAUACAACGAACGGGAAGGUUCUUAUUAAAAGUGCAAUUCACGUCGCGUAUGUUUUGGGACUUUAUCUGAUUCAUGCGAAGUCUACGUCAAAUACGUCCAUUGAUAUCGCGUUAGGUGACAAAUUAACUGACGAGUGUAAACAACUGGGAACGCAAUCGUUAACAAUGUUCAAUUAUAUAAGAGAGAGAUCACCUAUUACCGUGGGCCAAAUCAACGAAGUAAAACAGCAAUUCAAAAAAGUAUGCGAACUUGCCUCUACAUUAUCGAACACCCAAAGCAACGUUGAAGUUAUUGGAAAUUUGGUAGAAACAGAACUGUUGAGCAUGGAUAAAGCGAUCGAAGAAGCUGCUAAUAGAAUACAGGAUAUGUUGGAAAAAUCUCGAGCAGCAGAUUCAGGACUGAAGUUAGAAGUGAAUGGAAAAAUUUUAGACUCUUGUACAGAUCUAAUGAAAUGCAUAAGAAUGUUAGUUAAAAAGUCGCGAUUACUGCAAGCAGAAAUCGUUGAACAAGGGAAGGGUACCGCUUCGGCUACGGAAUUUUAUAAACGUAAUCACCAAUGGUCCGAGGGACUCAUAUCAGCUGCUAAAGCAGUAGCGAUGGGUGCUAAUCUUUUAUUGGAAGCGGCAGAUAAAGUUGUGUCUGGUAACGGUAAAUUCGAACAGUUAGUAGUCGCAUCACAGGGAAUUGCUGCGUCUACCGCGCAAUUGGUAGUUGCAAGCAGGGUAAAAGCGAAUAGAAAUAGUAAUAAUUUAGCUGCGCUUUCCGAAGCAUCGAGGGACGUAACGCAAGCAACGGGAAGCGUCGUUGCUACAGCUAAAAACUGUAGUCAACUUGUUGAAGAGAAUGACGAUUUAGAUGUUUCUGGACUAAGUCUGCACCAAGCGAAACGAUUAGAAAUGGAAGCACAGGUGCGCGUACUGGAAUUAGAACAAGCUUUAGAGACUGAAAGAUUACGCUUAGCUGCUUUACGUCGCUAUCAUUAUCAACUGGAAGCUGAGAAGGAAUAAUCGUUUGAUGUCUGCGAUUCGUUUCAGAUUCUAACUAACAGCUGUGUGAGAUUCGUGUUACUAACUGAAUUUCUCGUCGGCAUUAAACAGUAUUGAAGAGAACGAAUGGAAAGUAAAUAAUUAAAUUCCAUUACAAAAUAAUAUAUAAAAAGAAGAUCUAUUUGGCUCGUCCAAAUGAAUUAUUGUAAU